CCUGUGAAUCAGUACAGUGUUUAUAGUCAUUGCGAGCGGACCGGCGGUCGUUCCUCUCUGCCAAUGAAUCUCUCAGUGGUCGUUGUUUGUGAGCAGCAUUUAUCCUUGGUACUUGGGCCUCCUCGAUAAGCGCAGCAGUGACUUACGUUUCCUCUUACGGCGUCUCGGUGAACGGCACGUUUAUUCUAGAAUGAUUCAGGUCGAUGAUGACGGCGGGAGUGCAUCUUACUGAACCCGGGCUUGUGAAUCCGUAGAUAUCGUCCCCCGUGCCAUCUUCCAUCAUGAAAAGAAUGGUGCGGAGAGUUUAAGAAGGAUGAGGGUGCCAUGUGCUCAUCAACUGCCCUAGAAAAAUACGGAACGUUUUCUGUCCUGAGAAGAACACAAAAUUUCGUCAGUAAGACUCAUGCAGCUACCGAGUAGUAGGCACACCGAGGGAUCUCCGUACCGUUUUCAAAAGCUGCAGAAGAGGAGGCCGUAGAGUGCAGAAACGGGAGCGAAAGUCGGGAGCUCGGCCUGAGAGGCAGCCGCAGCCAGCAUGAAAGCAGCAGACAGUGUGCGGCACAUGCAGUCUCGGGGGUGAGUGCCAACCACGCUGACACGCCGUCUGCAGGUAGUGCCACGCAGCCUCCUGGUGCUACUUGGGACGCUGGCCUUCUGAAAUAAGAUACUUGUGUAGUGAUAAAAAAGAGAAAGAACGAAAGAUAAAUAGAGACUGAGCAUGAUACUGAAAGUGAUAAUCACAAGCGUCGGACUUGAAUGUCAUUGACUGAGUGGUGGCAACUGCAUGACAACCGGCUUGUGGGUCUCUCAGCAUCAAAGCCACGCGGGUCAAGCCAUCAACAUGGUGCAGAUGCUGUGCAAGGUGUGGGGCGUGGGUAUGUUCAGCAUCGUGGCGCUGACCACCAGCAACAUCCUGCUGACCCUGCGUCUGAUGCAGGGGCGCGACGACGGCGCGGGCGGCGGCGGCUGCGGGGGCAUCCCGCCCAUCCCCGACAACGUCCCGCACUCGUGGACGGCGGCGCUCUCCUCCACCAACCACUCCGAGUACCUGGCCUUCCUCAGGGCCGCGGCGAUCAACACGGCCCCGGCGGCGCCCACCACCAAGGGCAGUCCCGCGGGGGAGGCGGCGCGGGCGGGCGCGGAGAAGAGCAGCCCGCCCCUGGUCGUGGUGGGCAGUGGGUUCCAGGUGGACGAGGCGCGCGGCCGCUGGGACGCCCGCCGCCGCUACAAGACGCACGACCACGUGUUCACCGGGCCGCACUACGGGCGCCUGACGCGGUCCUCGCCCGUGUGCCUCGCCACGCAGACGUCCGUCGACAGGCUCUUCUGGCUCACGCAGGUCGCCCGCUACUGGUCGGCGCCGAUGUCCGUGGCCGUGUUCACCCCCGACGUGGAGUACGCCAUAGCCCGCGCCUACCUCAGCUACCUCGUCACCUGCUUCCCCUUCCUGGGUGAGAAAGUGAGCUUUCACUUCACCUACCCGAGAGAUCACCUGCCGAAGGACGUGCCCCUGGUCAUCAAUCACCUGGAAGACAGGUGCGAUCAGCCUCUCGGAGUGCUGAAGGAGCUGCUCAAACACAGGGACUCCAAGGUAAGGGUCGCGAUGACGGGGGUGGCUGGCUCGUGUGCGCGUUGGGGUUGUCUGUUGCUUAGUUUGUUUAUCGGUGUUUGUGUGGUUUGUUGCGUUCGUCUGUUUGUGUGGAUUGUUUGUGACUUCGAUUUAUUUCUAUAAUUCGUUUGUCUUUAUCUUUAUAACUUUUUUUUUUUUUUUUUUUUUCUGACUACUAUUUCUAUUUAUUUUUUUUGUAAUUUUGUGAAUUACGACUAUCUGUCAAUUUUCUUGACUUAUUAUUUUCUUUAUAUGAUAGCGUAUGAGUAUUUCUUGAAUGUAUAAAUCUACAAGAUAUCUCGAUCAGCUGUUUUGUUUUAUUCUUUCGAGGUUACUUUUCCGUUUUAUUUGUUUCUGUAUAUUCAUCUUUUCCGUCUGAUUAUCAACCUACUUGUCUAUCUGUCUAUCAGUCUGUUAGUUUCGAUCCAUCUAUCAAACGCUUUUUCGUAUAUGUUUGAUUUUCUAAUGGUCUGUCUGCAUGUGCAUUCAUCUCUACAGCAAUUUCCUAGAUCAGAUACGUAAAAACAUGUGGAAAUAUCUAAAAUUGUGGAACACAGAAGAAACAGGAAAACAAAAAGUCGAAAAAAAGAAAAGAAAAGAAAAAAGGAACGUAGAACAGGAAGUAAAAAACUUGAAGAUGGAAGAUAAAAAAAGGUAAAAAAACCUAGAGAAUGUGAACCAUGACGAGAACAGUAUAGGUAUUAUAAUGUGUUCUUUCACUGAACAAUUUCAUCCUUGGGAAGUGGAUAACAUCAGACUAGCAUUAGCAUUUUAAGAAUAUAUAUUUUAGAAACACUUAUUUUUAAUGUAUAUUUUAAAAACACUUUUUUUAAAAUAUAUAUUUUAGAAACAUUUCUUUUGUGCCAGUAAGAAAUCAAAUAUAAACCUGAAUGUAGUGAACCACAACUAUAAAAGAAGAAGAUGACGAUGGAGAAGAAGAUUAAGAAGAAGGAGGAGGAGGAGAAGAAGAAGAAGAAGAAGGAGGAGAAGAAGAAGAAGAAGAAGAAGAAGAAGAAGAAGAAGAAGAGAAGAAGAAGAAGAAGAAGAAGAAGAAGAAGAAGAAGAAAACAUAAAUAGAGACAUCUCGAGUCAAACUAAACUCCUUAUCAGAUCAUACAACG